UCCUUCGGUUUAGCUGCAAAUUGUGUAGGAUUUUUAGUUGAAAAUCCCUGAAAAUCAAUAAAUAAUGUUCCUGAAAAGUCUACAAAAGUUGACCAAUGUGUUGCGGGUGGUUCCCAAGCGAACCAUUUAUCAAAGUGCGGCUUUGCUGAAGGUGGAAGAUCGCAAGGCCAUGCUCGCUUCUCUACCCGGCAAAGACGAAGGCACGGUGGGCGAGCGAACCAUCGACAUCGAUUCCCUGAUUACCAAAAAAGAGCGUCUCUUCCCGGAUGCCAACACGCCGACCACCCUGUUCAACGGAAUGCCAUUCAACGAGAUUCCAAUCUGCAACAUUAGAGUUUCACCUAACAACACCAUCAUCACGAUAUGUGACGCCAAAGGAGUGCCGCAGUUUAUUCGGUCCUGUGGGAUUGAAGGCUUCAAAAACACCCGCAAGGGUACGAAUAUUGCAGCGCAAGCCACUGCCAUCAGCAUUUGCACGAAAGCAAUUGAACGUGGCUACAAAAGCGUACGGGUGACAGUUCGAGGGCUUGGACCGGGACGAAUGUCGGCUAUCAAAGGAUUGGAAAUGGCUGGAAUGAAUAUUGUAUCCAUCACCGAUACGACGCCAGUAUCGUGGAAUCCACCACGGCCUCGGAAGCAGCGAAAAUUGUAAAAGGUAUUGGUUAAUCUGUUUAUUUACGUUCUGGAGAAUAAUCUA